GAGUUUCCUAAUAAAUCGACAGGAAUAAUAUCUCAUUUAUUUAAUCUUCUCCCACUAUUGGUUACUUUCAUUGGAAUUUAUUCAAAUUUAUUAUGGAUUAGUUCUAUUGUACAAAAUCAUGAUUGGAGUUUUCUAACAUCAAUUUAUUGGAAUAC